AUGGCGGGGAGCGAGCAGGAGAUGUGCCUCGUGUGCUUCAGCGUCAACUGCAUGGAGAAGGUGCGUCACAGUUUCAACUGCAUGGAGAAGGUGCGUUACAGUCUCAACUGCAUGGAGAAGGACGACCACACGGGCGCCAUGCGGUGCAGCGAGUGCGGCAUGGUGUCGCAGCAGUUCCGCGAGGAGGACAACGAGGGCGGCGCGGGCGGCGCGGGCGGAGGCGCGGCGGGGACGGGGGUGGGGGGGAUGGGGGGGUCGCAGGCGGUGGUGCGCGAGAGCAACGUGGCGCUGCACCAGCAGCGGCAGGACGUCGCUGCGGCGGACGCCGCCAGGGCUGCUCGCGCCGUCAGCCUGCAAGUGCAGGCGCACGCCCUGGCGGAGCACUACUGCGCGGGGCUUCACGCCAUGCUGGCCCGCCAGUGCCACGCGCUCUCCGCCCUGCUCGCCCCGCCCACACCUGCUCCGCCCCAGGGGCCCAUGGGGGAGGGCGGGGAGCGCAAGGAGCAGGACACUGCUGCUGCUGCGGCUGCCUCGGCUGCCAAUGCAGCAGCGCUGAGCAGCGUGGCGCGGCAGAUCCUGCUGCGCCUCGUGCUGCACUCGGGUGUGCUCCGCCAAGGGUAUGCCGAGCGCUGCUGGCUGCUGUGGCGCGUGGGUGAGGGCACAUGGGGAGGGGGGCACGCUUGGGAGGAAGGGGAAAGGGGUGCGGGAGGGGUUGGGGGAGGGGGAAAUGGGGAGGAGGGAUGGGGAGGGGAGGCGAAGUCUGGUGGAAGGAAGAGACGAGGUGGAGGUGAGAUGGGAGGGGAAGGGGGGGAGGCACUGCAACGGGAGAUGGCAGGGUGGGGCAUGGAGGGCGGGAGCGGGGGCUUUGGGGGAAUGGGGUGCGCGGCAGCGCAGGGGGCAGGCGAAGAAGGGAGAGACAAAGAGGGGAACGGCGCAGUGGGUGGCACGGGGCAGCACGAGGAGGAGGAUGAGUGGGCGCGGGAGCUGCGGGCGAUUCUGGCGGGCGCGAGGCGGAGCAGGCGGCAAGAGAGGGAGGAGGUGAGGAAGCGGGCGAGGCGGGCGCGGAGGAAGAAGUGGGGGCAGUUUGAAGCGGAGCUGGCGGCCAUUCGGGAGGACGAGGCUGCUGAGAGACGCGAAGGAAGUGAGGGGAUGGGGGGGGAUGGGAUGGGAGUGGAAGGGGAGGGAGAGGAGGAGGAAGGAGGGAAGGGGGGGAGUGAGAAGGCGUCGAUGAGGGAGACGUGGUUUGCUCUGGCGGAGAGGCUUCAGACAAGCCCUUUCUUUGCCGUCACCUGCAAGCUGCACGUCCACCUACCACUGCACGCCUCACUCGCUUCCCUCUACCUCGCCUCUCACUACCUCCGCCUGCCGCUGCUCCCCACCGACAUCUGCCACCUGGCGCUCUCCGGUUCGCUGCCCUACCUGUCCGCGUGGCGCCAGCUGUCGCCCUUCGAGGGCUACCCCGCCAGCGUCCCACCCGCCACGCUCUUCCGUCCGCUCGCCCUCUGCUCUGCUCGCCUGCUCGAGCUGCUCGCUGCCUCUGCUGCCGCAUCCAUCGCCCUGCGCCUGCCCCCCCUCAACUUCCGCCUAAUUGGGGAGCGGUUUCUUCAGCCCCGUCCUUUCCGCUUUCUCCCAAAUUCCCGUCCCUUCCGCUUUCUCCCCAAACCCCGUCCCUUCCGCUUUUUCCCCAAACCCCGUCCCUUCCGCUUUCUCCCCAACUCCCGUCCCUUCCGCUUUCUCCCCAAACCCCGUCCCUUCCGCUUUCUCCCCAAACCCCGUCCCUUCCGCUUUCUCCCCAAACCCCGUCCCUUCCGCUUUCUCCCCAAACCCCGUCCCUUCCACUUUCUCCCCAAACCCCGUCCCUUCCGCUUUCUCCCAAAUUCCCGUCCCUUCCGCUUUCUCCCCAAACCCUGUCCCUUCCGCUUUCUCCCCAAACCCCGUCCCUUCCGCUUUCUCUCCAAACCCCGUCCCUUCCGCUUUUUCCCCAAACCCCGUCCCUUCCGCUUUCUCCCCAAAUCUCGUCCCUUCCGCUUUCUCCCCAAACCCCGUCCCUUCCGCUUUCUCCCCAAACCCCGUCCCUUCUGCUUUCUCCCCAAAUCCCGUCCCUUCCGCUUUCUCCCCAACUCCCGUCCCUUCUGCUUUCUCCCCAAACCCCGUCCCUUCCGCUUUCUCCCCAAACCCCGUCCCUUCCGCUCUCCCCAAAUCCCGUCCCUUCCGCUUUCUCCCCAAACCCCGUCCCUUCCCCUUUCUCCCAAAACCCCGUCCCUUCCGCUUUCUCCCCAACUCCCGUCCCUUCCGCUUUCUCCCCAAACCCCGUCCCUCCCGCUUUUUCCCCAAUUCCCGUCCCUUCCGCUUUCUCCCCAUAUCCCGUCCCUUCCGCUUUCUCCCCAAACCCCGUCCCUUCCGCAUUCUCCCCAACUCCCGUCCCUUCCGCUUUCUCCCCAAACCCCGUCCCUUCCGCUUUCUCCCCAUUCCCGUCCCUUCCGCUUUCUCCCCAAACCCCGUCCCUUCUGCUUUCUCCCCAAACCCCGUCCCUUCCGCUUUCUCCCCAAACCCCGUCCCUUCUGCUUUCUCCCCAAAUCCCGUCCCUUCCGCUUUCUCCCUAACUCCCGUCCCUUCUGCUUUCUCCCAAAACCCCGUCCCUUCCGCUUUCUCCCCAAACCCCGUCCCUUCCGCUUUCUCCCCAAACCCCGUCCCGUCCGCUUUCUCCCUAAACCCCGUCCCUUCCGCUUUCUCCCAACUCCCGUCCCUUCCGCCUUCUCCCCAAACCCCGUCCCUUCCGCUUUCUCCCCAAACCCCGUCCCUUCCGCUUUCUCCCCGAACCCCAUCCCUUCCGCUUUCUCCCCAACCCUUCCAAUUUCUCCCCAAACCCCGUCCCUUCCGCUUUUUCCCCAAACCCCGUCCCUUCCGCUUUCUCCCCAACUCCCGUCCCUUCCGCUUUCUCCCCAAACCCCGUCCCUUCCGCUUUCUCCCCAAACCCCGUCCCUUCCGCUUUCUCCCCAAACCCCGUCCCUUCCGCUUUCUCCCCAAACCCCGUCCCUUCCCCUUUCUCCCAAAACCCCGUCCCUUCCGCUUUCUCCCCAACUCCCGUCCCUUCCGCUUUCUCCCCAAACCCCGUCCCUCCCGCUUUCUCCCCAAUUCCCGUCCCUUCCGCUUUCUCCCCAUAUCCCGUCCCUUCCGCUUUCUCCCCAAACCCCGUCCCUUCCGCAUUCUCCCCAACUCCCGUCCCUUCCGCUUUCUCCCCAAACCCCGUCCCUUCCGCUUUCUCCCCAAUCCCGUCCCUUCCGCUUUCUCCCCAAACCCCGUCCCUUCCGCUUUCUCCCCAAACCCCGUCCCUUCCACUUUCUCCCAAAUUCCUGUCCCUACCGCUUUCUCCCCAAAUCCCGUCCCUUCCGCUUUCUCCCUAACUCCCGUCCCUUCUGCUUUCUCCCAAAACCCCGUCCCUUCCGCUUUCUCCCCAAACCCCGUCCCUUCCGCUUUCUCCCCAAACCCCGUCCCGUCCGCUUUCUCCCUAAACCCCGUCCCUUCCGCUUUCUCCCAACUCCCGUCCCUUCCGCCUUCUCCCCAAACCCCGUCCCUUCCGCUUUCUCCCCAAACCCCGUCCCUUCUGCUUUCUCCCCGAACCCCAUCCCUUCCGCUUUCUCCCCAACCCUUCCACUUUCUCCCCAAACCCCGUCCCUUCCCCUUUUUCCCCAAACCCCGUCCCUUCCGCUUUCUCCCCAACUCCCGUCCCUUCCGCUUUCUCCCCAAACCCCGUCCCUUCCGCUUUCUCCCCAAACCCCGUCCCUUCCGCUUUCUCCCCAAACCCCGUCCCUUCCGCUUUCUCCCCAAAUCCCGUCCCUUCCGCUUUCUCCCCAAACCCCGUCCCUUCCGCUUUCUCCCCAAUCCCGUCCCUUCCGCUUUCUCCCCAAACCCCGUCCCUUCUGCUUUCUCCCCAAACCCCGUCCCUUCCGCUUUCUCCCCAAACCCCGUCCCUUCUGCUUUCUCCCCAAAUCCCGUCCCUUCCGCUUUCUCCCUAACUCCCGUCCCUUCUGCUUUCUCCCAAAACCCCGUCCCUUCCGCUUUCUCCCCAAACCCCGUCCCUUCCGCUUUCUCCCCAAACCCCGUCCCGUCCGCUUUCUCCCUAAACCCCGUCCCUUCCGCUUUCUCCCAACUCCCGUCCCUUCCGCCUUCUCCCCAAACCCCGUCCCUUCCGCUUUCUCCCCAAACCCCGUCCCUUCUGCUUUCUCCCCGAACCCCAUCCCUUCCGCUUUCUCCCCAACCCUUCCACUUUCUCCCCAAACCCCGUCCCUUCCGCUUUCUCCCCAACUCCCGUCCCUUCCGCUUUCUCCCCAAACCCCGUCCCUUCCGCUUUCUCCCCAAACCCCAUCCCUUCCGCUUUCUCCCCAAACCCCGUCCCUUCCGCUUUCUCCCCAAACCCCGUCCCUUCCGCUUUCUCCCCAAACCCCGUCCCUUCUGCUUUCUCCCCGAACCCCAUCCCUUCCGCUUUCUCCCCAACCCUUCCACUUUCUCCCCAAACCCCGUCCCUUCCGCUUUCUCCCCAACUCCCGUCCCUUCCGCUUUCUCCCCAAACCCCGUCCCGUCCGCUUUCUCCCCAAACCCCGUCCCUUCCGCUUUCUCCCCAAAUCCCGUCCCUUCCGCUUUCUCCCCAAACCCCGUCCCUUCCGCUUUCUCCCCAAUCCCGUCCCUUCCGCUUUCUCCCCAAACCCCGUCCCUUCUGCUUUCUCCCCAAACCCCGUCCCUUCCGCUUUCUCCCCAAACCCCGUCCCUUCUGCUUUCUCCCCAAAUCCCGUCCCUUCCGCUUUCUCCCUAACUCCCGUCCCUUCUGCUUUCUCCCAAAACCCCGUCCCUUCCGCUUUCUCCCCAAACCCCGUCCCUUCCGCUUUCUCCCCAAACCCCGUCCCGUCCGCUUUCUCCCUAAACCCCGUCCCUUCCGCUUUCUCCCAACUCCCGUCCCUUCCGCCUUCUCCCCAAACCCCGUCCCUUCCGCUUUCUCCCCAAACCCCGUCCCUUCUGCUUUCUCCCCGAACCCCAUCCCUUCCGCUUUCUCCCCAACCCUUCCACUUUCUCCCCAAACCCCGUCCCUUCCGCUUUCUCCCCAACUCCCGUCCCUUCCGCUUUCUCCCCAAACCCCGUCCCUUCCGCUUUCUCCCCAAACCCCGUCCCUUCUGCUUUCUCCCCGAACCCCGUCCCUUCCGCUUUCUCCCCAAACCCCGUCCCUUCCACUUUCUCCCAAAUUCCUGUCCCUACCGCUUUCUCCCCAAGCCCUGUCCCUUCCGCUUUCUCCCCAAACCCCGUCCCAUCCGCUUUCUCCCCAAACCCCGUCCCUUCCGCUUUCUCCCCAAAUCCCGUCCCUUCCGCUUUCUCCCCAAACCCCGUCCCAUCCGCUUUCUCCCCAAACCCCGUCCCUUCCGCUUUCUCCCCAAACCCCGUCCCUUCCACUUUCUCCCAAAUUCCUGUCCCUACCGCUUUCUCCCCAAGCCCUGUCCCUUCCGCUUUCUCCCCAAACCCCGUCCCAUCCGCUUUCUCCCCAAACCCCGUCCCUUCCGCUUUCUCCCCAAAUCCCGUCCCUUCCGCUUUCUCCCCAAACCCCAUCCCUUCCGCUUUCUCCCCAAACCCCGUCCCUUCCACUUUCUCCCAAAUUCCUCUCCCUACCGCUUUCUCCCCAAGCCCUGUCCCUUCCGCUUUCUCCCCAAACCCCGUCCCAUCCGCUUUCUCCCCAAACCCCGUCCCUUCCGCUUUCUCCCCAAAUCCCGUCCCUUCCGCUUUCUCCCCAAACCCCGUCCCUUCCGCUUUCUCCCCAAACCCCGUCCCUUCCGCUUUCUCCGCAAACCCCGUCCCUUCCGCUUUCUCCCCAAACCCCGUCCCUUCCGCUUUCUCCCAAACCCCCCCCUCACCCGCCUCUGCAUUGCCCCCUCCGUCCCUCUCCCCUUCCUUCCCUCUCUCCCUGUCCCGUUCCACCCCUCCGUACCCCUCCGUCCCAUCCCUCCCUCCCCUCUGUUCCUCCUGCCCCACCAGGAGCUGCACCUACCCGUACCGCUCUUCGCCCCUUUCCUGCACCGCCUCUUUGACCUCCUUUGCCCCUCCGCCUCCCUUGCCCCUUCCCUCCCAUCCCUCCUCCCCCGCUUCCACCUCUCGCCCCACCCCUCUGGGUGGCCCACGCGCCUCUACGUCAUGGCAGCGGUCGUUGUCUCCCUCAAGCUCGCCCUCGCCCUCGGCUCCUGGCCCUGCCUCAACCCUUCAUCAUGCACACGCGCAAGGGCAUCGCCAACACCAGCAGCAAGAGCAUCAGCAGCAGUGGCAGCAGCAGCAUCAGCAGGAGCAGCAGGGGGUGGAGCGGCGGUGUGCAAGGCUGCUGUGGCUGCCCCGCGCGCCACGGUGUCGCUGGCUCGGGGCGCGGUGUCGGGGUGGCAGCACAUGCUGCAGCAGCGCAAGCAAGGCGAUGCAAGGCAAGGCGGGUCGCUGGCAGGGAAGGUAGACGAGGGGCGAGGGGAGGAUGGGGUGGAGGGGCAGGAGGAGGGGGAGGAGGAGGGGGAGGAGGAGGGGGAGGAGGAGGGGGUAGGGGAGGAGGAAGGGAAGGAGGAAGGGGAGGAAGGGGAGGAAGGGGAGUGGGAUGUGCGGCGGGUGGUGCAAGCAGUGGAGGGCAUCCGGCAGCAGCUGCUGCAGAUGCCCAUGCAGACCCGUGCUGGGGCUGGCGGGGGACGCAUGCAGGGAGAGGGGGAGGAUGGAUCAGAGGGAAGAGCGCCGCUGCAGCUGCGGCAGUACCUGCAGCACUGCGAGCGCCACGUGUUUGCCCCCGACGCCACGCGCGGCGCCGACCCCUCCACUCUCGACCGCGAGCUGCGCGCCCACCUGCACGCCGCCCUCCCCCUGCGGGCCCCCUCGCCUCCCGCAGCCCAUGGGGACGCUCAUGGGAGCGGUGUCAUGCAGGCGUCAUGCAGGCGUCAUGCAGGUGUCAUGCAGGUGUCAUGCAGGUGUCAUGCAGGUGUCAUGCAGGUGUCAUGCAGAAACCAUGCGUCACCCUCACCCAAACCCCCCGUUCAGUCGACGUACACUUUCCCUCACUCCCCCCUUCCCCUUACCCCCUCCCCAACAUUCUCCUCUUGCGGCCCAUCCCCUGCGCUGCAGUGA